GGGAAACUCCCCCUUUUCAUUCCCCUUGUAUUGCAGAUGAUAACCAAUGCGCUCCGCAGAGGAGCGGAGGGAGGAGUUGCAGAGAGGAGAGAGGUAGAUAGAGAGAGGGAGCGUGUGUUUAUGUCUCAGUGUGACAAAUAAGAGGGAAAAAGGUAGCGGUGGGGCUCACAACAAAGCGCCCGACCCAUUGAUAGAGUGCAGAGACCCGGAGAAGCAGUCACACUAUCAGGGAUGACAACACGGCACCUGGAUCUACUUUCAAUCCUCUCCGUCCGUGCACUGAAAGUUUUACGCCGUGGGAAAAGGACACAUUGCUUUCAAGUUUCCACCAAAUACAAAAAAAGUGUUUUCCUGCAACAUGCAGAGACCAGGCGGCCAAGCGACGGCGUUUUCAAUCGACUCCCUGAUAGGGACUCCGCAGCCCCGACCAGGACACCUGCUCUACACGGGCUACCCCAUGUUCAUGCCGUACAGACCUCUGGUUAUCCCACAAGCUUUAUCCCACUCUUCUUUAUCUUCUGGUUUACCUCCACUGGCGCCUUUGGCUUCUUUUGCGGGACGGCUCACCAACACCUUCUGUGCCAGUUUGGGACAGGGGGUGCCAUCCAUGGUGGCGCUCACCACGACCAUGCCAAGUUUCUCGGAUCCUCCGGACAGUUUCUACCCACCACAGGAGCUCCCGGGUCCCCGUUUAAGUGCAGCAGAUCCCGGGUCCAGGAGGAGGGAGGAGAGUCCACACUCUGAUGAGCUGCAUAGCCGGGACAAGGGCUCGGACAUGCUUAACUUCUCAGAAACUUUUCAAACAAUAUCAGGUGAGACCAAACUGUACAGCUCAGACGAUGAGAAGCUGGACCUAAAGUCAGCAGACACCGCGUGCAGUGACCGCGAGGACAGCUCGGUAGACAGCGAAAACGAGAGUUUCUCGGACGGGAACAACUGUGGCUCCCUCUCCCAGAAGAGCAAACUAAAGCCCGGCUCUCAGGAGGCACUACCACCCGGAAGCUCGGCGGGGAAGAGCCGCAGGAGACGGACAGCUUUUACCAGCGAGCAGCUGCUGGAACUGGAAAAGGAGUUUCACUGUAAAAAGUACCUUUCUCUGACUGAGCGCUCACAGAUCGCACAUGCACUUAAACUGAGCGAGGUGCAGGUGAAGAUCUGGUUUCAGAACCGCAGGGCCAAGUGGAAACGGAUCAAGGCCGGCAACGUUAACAACCGGUCAGGAGAACCGGUGAGAAACCCCAAAAUUGUGGUUCCCAUCCCGGUGCACGUCAACAGGUUUGCAGUGAGGAGUCAGCACCAACAAAUAGAGCAAGGGACCAGGCCAUGAACUCAAAAUCAAAAGUAUUAAUAAUAAAAAAAAAACACUUACAUUGACUCUAUGUUCCACUGAUUCGCAUGAAGCACAAAAAGGAGGAGUAUUUUGUCUGAGAGGUGAGACUGAGCAGACUGAUCAACUAUUUGGCAAUAUGCUGUCAUUUUUAUUUAUUGCGCUGUGAAUAUGUAAAUAUAAAUGGGUAAAAAUUGGUACAAAUGGGCACUAUGAGAUGAGACUGUAAAGAUUUUUUAAGUAUUUAUAUGUAGGGCCAAAAUAUUCUGUUGGUUAUGUGCAUGUGUCCUCAUUUGGUGAAGCUGAGUUUUUGUUUUGUGUUUCGUACAAUUUGUUGACCACAUUUGCAUGUAAGACGUUUUACAUUUUCUGUUUGCCAACUGUAGGAACCAGCUUUGACAGCUAUUUGUGAGAAAAAAAAGAUGUGAAGGAAAUAAUGACCAAACAAGGGACAACUGUAAAGUAUA